UCCCUGUUAGUAUCAUAUAAGUCUCUAACCUAUUGAUGCUAAAUCUCUUCAGAUGGGGACAAUGAUGAUGAUGUCAAAUUUGAUGAAGCUGACGAUUCCACUGUUGCGGCCUCAAGCGUCCCCGAUCCAUAUGACCACGUGUAUAGCAAUAUACCCCAAAGCACGCACGUGCUUAAGCCCCAACCGAAUUGUGAAUUCUGUGACGCGAAGAAGUUUGAGUGUGAGCCUAAAGGGUUCUGCUGCCGUAACGGAAAGAUCAGUCUGUCCAAUCCAAAUACACCACUCGAACUUAUGAGGCUAUGGUCAAGCGCAGAUUCAGAUGCCAAACAUUUUCGGGACAGCAUUAGGUUCUUCAAUGGUCAUUUCUCAUUCACUUCUCUUUACUGUCGCCUUGACAGCAAGACCACCAACAUGGCAAGCAGUGGUAUCUAUACGUUUCGAGCCCACGGCCAAAUGUACCACAACAUACAUUCAUUUGGAACUAAUGGCUUGGACCCCCAGCAUCUAGAGAUGUACUUUUAUGAUGACGACACAAGUCUAGAGCACCGGUAUCGGUGAUGCCGCGAGAAGCAAUACCGACAAGACCAAGAAGUCAUCGCGAGGCUGGUUGGCAUACUUCGUGACAACCCAUACUCUCAGCAUUUUAGGAGUAUGGGACAGGUCGAAAACCUGGAGGAUUAUCGUGUGACACUAAAUCUUGAUAAUAGGCUCGACCAAAGGACGUAUAACGUACCGCUCACUUCAGAGGUGGCAGCCGUGUGGGUCGAGGGCAGCGAGCAACGGAAAAACUUCAAUUGUAGCGUUAUCCUGCAUGGGAACAACAACGAGACGUAUGGUAUCCGGCCAUAUCAUGCGUGUUAUGACCCCCUGUCAUACCCUCUCUUCUUCCCGAGAGGCGAAAUUGGCUGGCAUCCCGAUAUCCCAAAGGUUGGCGUAUCCAUGGAUGCGGUUAGGGCGGCUCGUGCGGCUCGUGGUAACAAUAACGAAGAUCCAGGUUGAUAUUCUCGUACAAUUAAUAUUUUUAGCACGGGUUUUGCCUUUGCAUUCGUUUAUAUCUCGCACUAACAUCUGCCGUAAUACGCUCCACGCAGAUUCAAAUAGCAGGCUGUGCGUCUCUGUGAGGGACUACUACUGCUACAAAUUCCAAAUGAGGCCAGGGAUAUUCAACCCGAUAUUGUUCGGUAAACGUCUUUUCCAACAGUUCGCGGUCGAUACAUACAUCAAGAUCGAGAGUUCGCGGCUAGACUACAUAUGGAAUCAUCAGAAGGAGAUAAGGGCGGACCUCUAUCAAGGCUUGGUGGACAGCUUUAAUGCUGGAGAGAGCAGAGCAGAUGCGGUCGGCAAACGGACCGUGCUGGCUACAUCGUUUAUCGGAGGACCUCGAGAUAUGAGGCAUCGGUGCAUGGAUGCUAUGGCAUUAGUGCGGAAGUACGGAAAGCCGGACGUCUUCCUCACGAUGACCUGCAACCCUAACUGGGAAGAGAUCACGCGUGAGCUCGAGCAUGACCAGAUACCCCAGGAUCGUCCAGAUCUCGUCGUGCGUGUUUUCAGGGCGAAGCUCGAGGAACUAAAGAAACAGUUGUUUGAGAAGCACAUGCUUGGCAAGGUUCAGGCCUAUGUCUAUGUUGUGGAGUUCCAGAAGAGGGGAUUGCCUCACGCCCACUUCCUGCUGAUCAUGCAGGGCAAGUAUAAGCUGGUGUGUCCGGAGCAGUAUGACUGUAUCAUCUCUGCCGAGCUCUCGGACAAGAACAUGUACCCAGAGCUAUACACGAUGGUCGUCAAGCAUAUGAUGCAUGGCCCUUGUGGUGUGUUGAACUCCCAGUGCCCCUGUACAAAGGAUCGUGGGUCAUGCAAGAACCAUUAUCCGCGUCCUUUCAAUGCGGUUACCAUGCAAGGCAAGGAUUCCUACCCGGUGUACAGGAGACGCGAUGACGGUCGCCAUGCAAUGGUUCGAAAAUGCCAGCUGGACAACAGGUGGGUCGUCCCUUACAACCCUUACCUCUUGCGGCUGUUCAACUGCCAUAUCAAUGUUGAGGUCUGCUCAAGCAUAAAGGCUGUCAAGUACCUGUUCAAGUAUAUAUACAAGGGCCACGACCGUGCUUCCGUAUCUGUGAAUGAGGCCGACAACAAUGACAUCGACGAGAUCAAGCAGUACAGGGAGGCGAGGUGGGUUACCCCUCCGGAAGCCUUGUGGAGGAUAUACGGCUUUGACCUGAGCAAGAACUCUCCACAUGUGAUGCAACUACAACUUCAUCUCCCGAACAUGCACAUGGUUUCAUACCGAGGGGGCUAG